GUGGCAUGGUGGUAAAAUUAGACUUUAUACUAUGCCCAUAAUUAUGAUGGUAUUAGUAUUGGCUAUGAAUACGGAAUCGUUUGAUUUGUCAGAAAUUGCAUCGCAAACCGUAGCCCGUGUUUGCGAUAUGACAACCAUUAACAGCGAUAUCAUCAUGAAAUUAAAGGCAUGCGAUAAACAGUACGACGAUCAGUGGUAUAUGGACAUGGCCCAACAAAAAAGCAUUGAACCUGAAUUUAAAAAGUGUGCAGAAAUGGUGCGAAACGAUUGGAUGAGUUUGAAUGUGACCACAGAUGAGGACAGGGAGGAUGUGAUGAAUGCCUGUAAUACAGGUUAUCACAUGUGCUAUAAGAAUGCGUAUGCAUUGACCAAACAGCAAGUUUACCUUGAUCGCAGAACUAAAAAUGCCUGUUAUAAGUCGGCACUUGCCCUAUGCAUCACAAAUUCAAUGCAGUUUAUGCUAAACAAAUUGGACGAUACUAUGAAACUAAAAGCUUGUGACACGACAUUCAUUACCGAUGAUAAGUGGCAACAAUUAGAGAGAUGUACCGAUGAUUACUAUAAUCAGGUUAGACCGUAUUGGAAAGAGGUGAUGGAACAGUCAAUAAGCACAUGCAGGCAAACAUACAACGACCAAUUGACCAGGAUCUGGAAUCUCGAACGCGAGAAACAAUUGCCAAAAUUCUGGUGGGCAUUGAUGAGAACGUAUGGCAUAGAGUUUACCAUACUUUUAACAAUAAUUGUGCUCGUGGAAUGUGUUAUACGUAUAUCAGCGCCCCUGUUGUUGGGCUUUGUGAUCGACUAUUUUGCCGGUCAAACGUACCUGACGUUUGCCGACGCCUGUAUGGCAGCCGCUGGUAUGGUAUUUGGCACUAUCCUGUCUGUGGUCAUAAUAUCACCAUGUCAAAUACGUAUUGGUCAAUUAGCGAUGCGCGUACGCGUUGCAUCCACUACCUUAAUGUAUCAUAAGUUUGGUAUCUCAAUGGGUUUUCUAUUAGCUGCCCCCAUACAGACCAUCAUGGUCAUCAGCAUAACAUGGGCUUAUUUGGUGCGGCUGGUAUUUGUAAUAAUGGCCCUGUUCAAUAUAUUGCGUUUGUCUGUCAAUCAAAUAUUUACUCACGCCAUCAAUUUCGGGGCCGAGUCGUGGGUCACGUGCCGUAGGAUUGAGGCUCGAGGUAGAGCCGAUUUUGAUCAAAACUUUACUUUGGGACGUAAGACAGAAUUGCCCGCCGGUAUUGCGUUGCCGACAAAUAUCAUGGUCAAGAAUAUAUUUGUUAAAUGGAACAAGGAUAAUUAUAAACUCACACUUGAUAAUAUAUCUGUUGAUUUAAAUUCUGGUGAUUUAUUGGCUGUGAUAGGACCGGUCGGCUCAGGCAAAAGUUCAUUUUUAAUGUCAUUAUUGGGCGAACUGGAACUGAUGAGUGGGUCCAUACAUAUCAACGGCACCGUUAGUUACUCGGCUCAGGAGUCGUGGAGUUUCAACAAUAGUGUCCGAAAUAACAUAUUGUUUGGCCGGGAAUACGACGAACGCAGGUAUAGAGAGGUUGUGAGGGUUUGCGCUCUCGAACGGGACCUCAAGAUAUUGCCGUUCGGCGACCGGACACUAAUGGGUGAAAACGGUGUGUCUGUUAGCGGGGGUCAAAAGGCCAGGAUAACUUUAGCAAGAUCUCUGUACAGAAACGCCGACAUAUGCCUUAUGGACGACCCGCUAUCGGCUGUGGACGCGGCCGUUGCCGAACAUAUAUUUGAACAGUGUAUAGUUGACUACUUGGGGCCCAAAAUCCGAAUACUAGUCACACAUCAAAUCCAAUUCAUACGAAACGCUACGAAAAUCCUUGUGUUAGACGACGGAAAGUGUUUAGCUUUGGGAACGUUUGACGAACUGUUGGCCAAAGGCUUAGACUUUAUGGCACUCAUCGACGGUACGGACGACGACAAUAAUAACGGCGGCGACAAUGAGGGGGAGGGGGUUGUGGGGGUCGUUGGGGGCGGGGAGGGUGUGAUGGGUAUGUUUGAGGGACAGAUGACCGCUGGUAACGCUCCGGACGUAGUGUCGCCACGUUUUGGUAGUAUUUCGAGGGCGAGUUUAAGCGUCCCGACGGGAACUACCGGUUCGGUCCGAAGGGGUUCAAGCGCUAGACGUCGGGCCAGCUCUAUACAGCCAAGAAAAUCAAUGGUUGAGUCGGAGGCGCCGCACAUAGAGGAAGAACUGCAGACUCAGGGCUCGAUCGGUGGUCGGGUGUACUGGUUGUACGUGAAGGCCGGGUGCGGCCUAUUUAUGGGAACCGUUACACUAGUGUUCACUUUCCUAUCGCAAGCCUUGUUUCACGCGUCAGACAUAUGGCUACUCGUGUGGGCCUCGCUGUCUGAGACGGGACAGUCUACUUUUGAGAAGAAUCAAUUAUAUGUGAUUAUAUACGCGGUGCUAAUCGCGGCCCUAUUGUUGGCCACAAUAGUACGUGUGUUGACGUGGUAUCACAUAUGUCUGAAAGCGGCCAAGACUUUACACAACAGGGUAUUUACUACACUAUUCCGGGCGCCUAUGGCUGUGUUUGAUAGCAAUCCUAUUGGCAGAAUUAUGAAUAGAUUUUCUAAAGAUGUGAGCGCUAUCGACGAGGUGCUGCCCAAUGUGUUGUACGAAGUGAACUUGGGAGUGUCAUUAAUAGUGUUUACAAUAAUAGUGGCCGCCUUGGUCAAUUAUUAUCUGGUAAUACCGGGUGUUAUCGUAUUAAUACUAUCAGCAUUUAUUCGCAAUAUCUACAUUAAAACCGCGCGUGAUAUUAAACGUAUGGAGGGUUUAACACGCAGUCCUGUGUUAUCGCACGUGAGCGCAACGUUACGGGGUUUGGCUAGUAUUAGGGCGUACGGCGCCCAACAGGCCUUUCAAAACCAAUUUUACAAAUACCAAGAUGACCACUCGGCCACCUGGUUCAUUUAUUUAGCAGCAGCCAGAACGUUAGGCAUUACCAUUGACUGGCUGUUUGGCAGCAGUAUUGGUUUGGCAUUUGUAUCAGUGUUAAUGCUAAUCAAUUACACGCAAUACGGUGUGAGACAGUCGGCCGAAAUGGAGUCUCACAUGACUUCAGUCGAGCGCAUCAUUGAGUACACAAAACUACCGCAAGAGGCGGACCUACUGUCCACUCAACACAACACACCCGACCCUCAGUGGCCACAGACC